AUGUCCCCAAUCCCCAGCUACUCCCGCCCCGGCCGCGGCCAACACUUCCAAGAAGCCUACGGCUUCGCCGAAGCCUGCAUAGCCGGAGACCGAAUGGAAAUAGCCGGCCAGAAAGUCGCCCAAGCAUUCACCAACAUCAACGAAGUCAUCCUCUACACACUAGAAAAAGCCAAGCCCGAUCUACGCGCUAGCGUGAAAUCCGGCUGGGACCGCGUCGUGAAGAUCCGCACGUACCAUGUCCAGUUGCCCCAGACCCGAGAGAAGAUUAUCAACCUGAUGGUGGAGAAUGUUAAGAAGUGGUGUCCCGAUCAUCAGCCUACUUGGACUAUGUUGGGGAUUGAGGCGUUGCCAUUUGAAGGGCAGAAUUUGGAGAUUGAGGUGGCUGUUUUUUUUGGGGCCAUGUAUUUUACCUUGUGA